GGGAUGUCAGGUUUGAAAAGGUCAGCACUGAAUGGAGAAUUGUCCAGGUUUGAGGAUGAGUGAUAUGGAUCUUCGUCUCCCACAGCUGAACAACUUCAUCCCAGAUCACUUGGUGAGAGACGGUGAAACCAAAGACACCCUUGUUUUCUGCUGUGAUCUCAAACAUUCUGACAUAAUGAAAAUCUCACCAGUUACUCUGUUCUUGGUUGUGCUGAGUACUGAGCUGAUAGGAGUCCUUAGCUCAAGCUUAAAACCACAGCGGUUUAAAGGACGUGUCCAGCGUGACCGAAGGAAUAUCAGACCCAACAUCAUUCUUAUUAUCACAGAUGAUCAGGACGUGGAGCUUGGUUCACUGCAGGUGAUGAAUAAAACCAGAAGGCUCAUGGAGCAAGGGGGUGCUCAUUUCACCAAUGCCUUUGUGACAACUCCAAUGUGCUGUCCUUCCCGCUCUUCAAUGCUAACAGGAAAAUAUGUCCACAACCACAAUACUUAUACAAACAAUGAGAAUUGCUCCUCACCUUCCUGGCAGGCAAUGCAUGAACCACGGACAUUUGCGGUCUACCUGAACAACACAGGCUACAGGACAGCUUUCUUUGGGAAAUACCUCAAUGAAUAUAAUGGCAGCUACAUCCCACCAGGAUGGCGAGAGUGGGUUGGACUUAUAAAGAAUUCUCGUUUUUAUAAUUACACCCUUAGUCGGAAUGGCUUUAAGGAGAAGCAUGGAUUUGAUUAUUCCAAGGAUUACUUCACAGACGUGAUCACCAAUGAUAGUAUCAAUUACUUUCGCAUAUCCAAGAAGAUAUAUCCGCACAGGCCAGUGCUCAUGGUCAUCAGCCACGCUGCACCUCAUGGCCCAGAGGAUUCAGCCCCGCAGUUUUCAGAGCUCUUCCCCAAUGCUUCACAGCAUAUUACACCUAGCUACAACUAUGCUCCAAAUAUGGACAAGCAUUGGAUCAUGCAAUUCACAGGGGCAAUGAGGCCCAUCCAUAUGGAGUUCACCAACAUUCUUCAGAGAAAGCGACUGCAGACACUUAUGUCAGUGGAUGACUCUGUAAACAAGAUAUUCCAGAUGCUUGCAGAGACUGGGGAACUGGAGAACACCUACGUCAUCUACACUGCAGAUCACGGUUACCACAUUGGCCAAUUUGGACUGGUAAAGGGAAAAUCAAUGCCAUAUGACUUUGAUAUCCGGGUUCCUUUCUUUGUUCGUGGACCAAAUGUGGAACCAGGGUCAAUCAUUCCUCAGCUAGUUCUGAAUAUUGACCUUGCUCCCACCAUCCUGGAUAUCGCCGGCCUCGAUAUUCCAGCAGAUAUGGAUGGCAAAUCUAUCCUGAAAUUACUGGAGCCUGAAAAACCAGGAAAUAGAUUCCGUUCAAAUAAAAGGGCCAGAAUCUGGCGUGACACAUUCCUCAUUGAGAGAGGCAAAUUGCUUCGUAAGAAGGAAGAUGGAACUGGUGAUGCCCAACAAACGAAUUAUCUACCUAAAUAUGAAAGGGUAAAAGAAGUCUGUCAACAGGCAAAGUACCAAACAGCCUGUGAACAACCUGGACAGAAAUGGCAAUGCGUUGAAGAUUCUGCAGGAAGACUCCGACUCCACAAAUGCAAAGGCACGACCAAAGUGCAUGCUGGCAGCAAGAAAAGUAGAAGUCUGCGUGGUCAGACCUAUGGCAAUAAUGACUGUGAUUGCUCAGGCAGUAGCUACAGGAUGCGUCAAUCGGAAAGAAGGAACCAGAGACAAUUCCUCAGCAUCCACACUACUCACAAAUUUAAGCAUCGCCUCCUCCGCACUCGACCAAUCCGCUCUGUUUCAGUCGAAUUGGAAGGUGAGAUUUAUGACAUUGACCUGGAAAUCGAAGAACUUCAGUCGCUGGUGCCAAAAAAUAUUAGCACGGGCUAUUAUCGAGAGGAGAGAACAGUUGGCGAGGGAGAGGAGGACAAUGAAAUGAUUGCUGAAGACAGUAGUAAGGCCGAUGAAUCAGUGUUAGAUUCAGUCAAAGUCACACACAAGUGUUACAUUCUUGCCAAUGAAACAGUGCAUUGUGAGAAAGAGCUGUAUCAGUCAGCUAGAGCAUGGAAGGACCACAAGAGUUACAUAGACAAAGAGAUUGAAGCUCUUCAAGAUAAAAUAAAGAAUCUGAGGGAAGUGAGAGGUCACUUGAAAAGAAAAAAGCCAGAGGAAUGUGACUGCAACAGGAGAAGUUAUUUUGGGAGAGAUAAAGGAAUGAGAAAUCAAGGGAAACUGAAGAACAAGAACAGCCAUCUCCAUCCAUUCAGGGAAGUGGCACAGGAGGUGGACAGCAAGCUCCAGCUGUUCAAGGAAAAUCGGAGAAAGAAGAAAGACCGUAAAAUAAAGAAGCGGCUGAGGAAGGGGGAUAGUUGCAGCCUGCCUGGGCUCACCUGCUUCACACACAAUAAUGAGCACUGGCAGACACCACCAUACUGGAACUUAGGCUCCUUCUGCGCAUGUACAAGCUCUAACAAUAACACGUAUUGGUGUUUGCGAACCAUCAAUGAGACUCACAACAUCCUCUUCUGUGAAUUUGCCACUGGCUUCCUUGAGUAUUUUGACAUGAACAGUGAUCCAUAUCAACUGACAAAUACAGUACACAUGGUUGAACGGGAAACACUUAAUCAGUUGCACAUACAGUUAAUGGAACUAAGAAGUUGCCAAGGACACAAGCAAUGCACUCCACGGACUAAGGGUGCAGAAACAGAGGACAGCUAUGGGAUGGAUGGGAAGGUUAAUCCACUUAAACUGCCAAACUUCACAGAAAAUAUCAACUGGGGAGGACUUGAAAAUUUGUACAGUGUGGAUGAAAGCUUGUUUGAACACAGGCAUAAUUAUAGCCUUAGCCUUGGUGACUGGACUAAUUACUGGAAGGAUGUAGAUAGAAUGUUUGCACUGCUUAAGACUUUUUCUGGACACAUUAAAACUUCUGAGGCCAUUGCGCUAAAUAAGGGCGGGACUCUUGCUUUGAGCAUUGACACCACAGCACUGGACAUGGCACCAACUCCACUGCCUAUUUUUGGAAAUGUGUUCUCUACUGAGCCCGAGGAUGAAUCUAGUGGCAUGACUGUAUGGGAGGCAACAGAAGCACAACCUGCUGUACUUGCUGAUUCUGAAGGAACAACCAUGAGUGCAGCCAUUACAAGUGGUGAGAGUCCAAAGGAGGAAGUGAUAAACUACAAUCAUAUACCCGAUAAGCAUUUCUCUAAUACUGAAUGGUGGCGACAUAAUCGGACAAAAGAGUUGAUCAAAGAAUGGGUGGAGCUGGAAUAUGAUGAAGGCGCCAGUGGAAAUGGUCUGAUGGAGAUUGAGACCAGAAACAGCUUCUUUCUUCAGCAGAGUUCCAUGUUUCCGUCACCCAGCAUCCAGAAUGAAGUGGAGGAGAAAGAGGACAUCUUUGAAGGGCAAACAUAUCUUCCUGCUGGUUCUGUGGGUCACCUUUAUACUAAAGCCUUCACAGUUCCCCGAGAAACCAGGGUCAGUGGCAAAGAGAAAUUGGCAAAUGUUCAGCUUCAGGAAGAGCCCCAGAGCAGUGGAGAGGGAACACAAGAAAGCUUCAAUACAGAAGGCAGUGCCUUGCCCCCUCCAUCCUUUCAUCAACUCACAGCCCACUAAUUAUUUAUUUGGAGAACAACUACAAUCUUUCAUACUAAAAGCUUUAUUUUUAACAACUUUCAUUGUGAGGUUAAAGCAAAGCACAUUCCAUUCCGAUUGGAGAUAUAUUUCAUAACAGGCUGACGAUGGUCGGAAUUUCACACACACUUUUACUUUAUUAACAUUAUCUGGAAUGAGGGAACAAAAAGCUGAUGUUCCUCUAAUAACUGUAAUUUUGCAGUCAACUAUAUAAAUAUGUAUUUAAAUAUUCAGUGUUAUGUGUCUGGAAUAGACAUGUCCUUAAGUCCUGUGAAAAAUUCUUGAAGCCUCCUAUUGGCUGUUCAAUAUGUAGCUGCUUUAGCCUGUCCAUUAUCAGUGUCAAGAUCCAUGACCAGUCCAUUCCAAAAAGCUCUCAUCAUACACUCUUCACAUGACAAGUGUUGAGUACAGCAGUGUUUCCUCUCAUAAAAUAUAAUGCACUUUCAAAGUUCUUCACAAAACAUUUGCAAAUGUGGAUGUAUUAACAGUGCAGAGCAUUGGUUCAGUGAGUUUUUCCAGCUGAUGAUUUCAGCUGUAAUGUGUAAAGGAAAUCUUACUCUGUGUUCUUCAUGCUGUAACUGGCUCUCACUUAUCAGUUGUUUCACUUCUAAAAUUAUUUAGCAUUGUCUUAUUUUUGUCUUAGUAUCUUUUUUACCUUGGCGCAUUUUGAAGUUCUUCUUUAAUGAAGGAACAAGAUAAAGCCAAUGUAUUGUAUUUUGUUUCAAUUUAUUACUUUUUCCUAUUAGUUCCCUCGUGAUCUUAAAGGGGUAUGAUCUUUGUGAAAAUUUUGUGCUAAUUUGUCUUUUUUAGAGGAACAUAGGAGGAGCAGCUGUCACUUUUACCCUGACAGCAUUGAGUGCAAGGGUCAUAAUGAUGCACUUUUAAUGAGAUAUACAUCACUAUGUGACACAUGCAUUACUAGAAAGUUUUCAAGCAAUUUUCAUGAAUAUGGUGCUCCUUUAAGAUUGAAAAGUAGGCAAAACUGCUUACAAUAUACUUGAUGUGUAACUGUUUUGAUAAAUCUGUUUAUAGUUUGAAAGGCUCGUUUAGCACGACCCUUAGAUUCAGUUGCAUGAAGUUUAUAUAAUCUGUGUAGGUUUAUACAGUGGUCACAGAUGUUUUAAUUUUUUUUAUUAUAUGGUGGUAACACCAUACAUUACAAAGCCAAUGUAAUCAAUGUGCAUAGGUUGGAGACGUCAGACUAGUGCAAUUCAUGCCAUGUUCUUCAAAGGAUAAAAUUUGUAGCAGUGUUUUAUUUUUGUCUGUAAUAUACACUGGCCAUACUAUUUACUGAUAAUUACCUGUUGCUUGUUUCUGGAUAAACAUGCAGUGA